AUGGGCGCGACACGGACGUCGCGGGCAGGCCAGUCGCCCACUCUCCUGCAGCGCAAGCUCGUGCGUCUCUUGCAGCACCACGAGGCCGCGCACGCCGUCUGGGAUGCGCUCGUCGUUCCGAAUUUGGCGACCUCGGACGAGAACCGCGAGAUUGACUUGACGUGGACGAUCAACGACGACACGGCAUGUGGCGGCAUUGUCGAGUUUGAGUCGGCGGCCAAGAUGAUUUUGAACCAAGGCGCCGAGCCGACGGUCGAGGUGCUCGAGACCAAGCCGGCGCCGAGUAUGGCCGGUGUCUCGCUGCAAGUGCGCAGUGACAUCAAGCUGGGCGCGUUUCACGUUGUGCUCCUCGAUGACAAGCUGCCGUCGACGGCGUGCCGCGCGGACCUUGUCGUCGACCACUUGACGUGUUCGGUCGCGCUCUCGGCUGCGAUUGGCCCGAAUGUCUAUGACGUCAACGCGCAAGCCUCGGAGUGGGCCAUGACGCUCGGUCUCCAGGUCGCGGCGUCGUGCUACAGCGACCUUUCGGGGCAAAUGGAGCACAGUAUCGAGCCGUGGGUGUGUCUGGUCGGUGUCAACAGCGCGGCAGGCGUCGAGGGCGUCCGAGUCUGGCUCGAGGCCGAGAAGCGCUUCCAGAUCAACGUGUCGUCGUCGCUCCUCGAGGUGCUGGCGAUCUUGCCGGAGAUCAUGUCGGGCGAGCACGUCAUCGAGCCGGACGCGCCCAAGGUCGUGUACCGGCCGGACGAGCCGCCGUUCCACGUGACCAACUUGACGGGCGUGCCGCUCAUCUUUGGCACGGGCGACGAUCAAGUUGUCUUGGAGCCGCGCUCGGUGCAGGCUCUGAGUGGCGUCAAUGCCGCCAACUGCCGCGUCGAAAUCCCGUCCUGGGGCGCGCUCACGGACGUGGCGCUGCCUGUGUUUGGUCCCAAGGAGCUCGUCGUCAAGGACAGCGCGGGCGGUCAUUUUAUCACGCUCAACGCGAUCUGCCGCCUCGAAGACCCGAAAGACGCCAGCGUCGUCUUCAAGUCGAACAUUGUCAUCUCAAACAAGAGCUCGCUCGACAUGGAGAUGCAGAGUCUCGUGCACCUCGCGGGCUUCACGUCGCUCAACGACAAGGUGACGACUCUCGAGAGCGCCAAGUCGCUUUCGCUGCCCAUCUCGGUCUUCAUGGGCGACACGGAAGUGUAUUUGCGCAGCGCCAAGAGCAAGAGCUGGCACGUCAACGUCAAGCUCACGAACGACAUGCUUCUCGACGCCCAAAAGCCCGAGCUCAAUAAGACCGAGUCGAGCAUGAACUCGUUUGUGCGAAAAGGCACGAUCGUGCCGCUGCACCAAAAGCACAAGGCGUCCAAGCUCGUCAAGCAGCUCACGCCCAGCAUCCUCCUCUACCGCCACGUGCUCACGGACAACACGGUGCAGUGGGAGCUCUGCGUGCUACCGUCGUUUGUGAUUCACAACGCGCUGCCGUACACGAUCGAGUAUCGGUUUUUGGAGUACCGGGCGACGCCCGGCGCCGGGCGUAUGGACAUGAACGGGAUUCAAAAGCUCCUCGAAGCGAGCUCGACCCACGGCGAGGUGGCGUCUGGCGCGACGGGCGAAGUCGAAGGGCUCUCAUCGCAGACACCAGGGUACAUGUCGUUCCGGCUCCGCAACGGCGCGGCGACGUCGGCGUGGUCCAAGCCGCUGCUCAUGGCGAUCCACGCCACCGUCGACCUCUUCACGACGGCGCCUGAAAAGUACGAGCUCGAGCCGAAUCUGAGCGUGAGCUUUGAGCGCGCGACGAUGCCGGGGCAGCCGCGCGUGGUCAAGUUUUCCGUGCCGUUUUGGAUCGUCAACAAGACGGGGCUGGACCUCUCGUACAAGCUGCCGGACGCGGACGCGGCGUCGGGCGCGAUGGACGAAGUGACCGUCCAUCCGGAUUUUGCCUCGCCGAUCAUGGUGCACGCGCCCAAGGCCCGCAUGAGCUUCCGGGCCAACGCACCGUCGACGUUGACGCCGGCGUCAUGGACACCGCUAGUGACGGACGACGUGGCGCCGCCGAUGUUUUGCCAGCUGAGUGCGGCGGCGGCGUGGUCGGAGCCCAUGAACGCGUCGGCCGUGCAGACGAGCGGUGAAGUGUACAGCGGCGGGCACGUGCUGGGUGUCGACAUUACGGGGCUCGAAGGGCUUUUCGCCGACUCGAUUGCGAUCGCGCUGAGCCCGCGCUACGUGGUGCAGAACCACACGCCGUACGACAUUCAAGUGCGCGCGUUUGCGACGCCGGCGACCGACCAUCUGAACGCGCUCGCAGCGGUCUCGAGCUGCCCGACGUACGACCUCGCGUCGCAUUCGAACGGCGUCUUGUAUGCGUUUGAGCCGCUCUCGAAGGACCCGCUUGUCAAGUGCCAAAAGUACUUUAGCAUGGCGCUCGCCGGCUCGACGGUCUGGUCGUCGAUCCUCGCGGUGAACGCGGUCGGCGACGUAUACUUUCCCCUCGAGUGCACGAUCCGCAAGCGCGGGUUUAUCGUGAAAGCGAGCAUCCAGCUGCUCGGCACCCACCUCUUUGUCAACUACACGAUGCACCCGGUGACCUUGCGCCAAAGCAGCAACCUCGCCAAGCAGACGACCGAGCUCGCGCGCGCCGAGCGCCUCGCGUUUGCGUGGGACCAGGCGUACGUGGCCGACCACAAGUUGGACGUGACGAUUCAAGGCCAAAAGUUUUCCGUGGAUAUCGACUCGGUCGGACCCGUCAAGACGUCGGACCUCUCGCUGCUCAAGCUCAUGGACGGCCCCACGAAGUUUGUGCUCGAGGUUGUGCCCGUCGGCAGCGCGCGCGUGCUGCGCAUCGUCGACGCCAGAUCCAAGCACCUCGACAAGCUCCGCUCUGCCAAGACAAGCUUGGAAGGCCAGGCGCGCGCGGUGGCGGCGUCCUUGUACACGACGGCGCUGGACCUGCGCCUUGCCGGGUUUGGUGUCAGCUUUAUGGACGCGUUGCCGCAGGAAGUGCUCUACCUCUCGAUGGACGACGUGCGUGUGCAGAGCGCACCGCAGUCGCUCGAGUGGGACAUUUCCAUCUUUCACCUCCAAGUCGACAAUAUGCUCGCGAACGCCAAGUUCCCGGUCAUCCUCGCGCCCGUCGACAGCGGCUACAACAGCGGCUCGGUGGCGCCCGUGCCGUUUUUCAAGCUCGUGCUCGAGACGCUCGGCGACAAUGCGAGUCUCUUCAAGGUCAUGGACGUGGCCGUGCAGCCGGCCUACAUUCGGGUGGACAUUGACUACCUCUUCAAGCUGCUCGGGCUGCUCGAACCGCUCUUGGCGUCCGAGACGGCGCUCCAGUCCCAGCUGGAGCUCGCGCUGGAGCUCUACAGCAAGCCGAUGCCGUGCCCGGCGCCGAUCCGCAACUCGCAGCUCUUGUACUUUGAGGCGUUUUCGGUGCGCGAGACGCAGUUCAAGCUCGAGUGCCUCAUCCAAAAGGAAGACAUUGCGCGCUCCAAGGCCAUGGCGCACUCGCGCUCGUGGCUCGUCAACGCGCUCAUGCAGCUCAUUGGUAUUGUCGGCUCGAAGCUCAGCGGCUCGCCGUCGUUUAGCUUUAGCGCGAUCACAAAGCGCCACUGCUUUACGACAAAGGACCGCCUCGUGUCGCAGCUCGUGCAAACGUACUCGCGUGACGUGGUCAUGCAAGCGUACAAGCUCGUGGGCUCGAUCGACAUGCUUGGCAACCCCGUCGGCUUGGUGGAAGACCUCGGGUCGGGCCUCAAGGCCUUUCUCAAGGUCACGACCAACGAAGUCUUGGGCGACUCGCAAACGCGCGGCGAAGGCGUCAAGAUCCUCGGCAAGACAGUCGCCAAGACGGGCACGGGCGCGCUCGCCAAGUUUACCGGCAGCCUCGACAAGCUCAUGGACGAGGUCUCGGACGUGGCCGACACACCCCACGACAAGGACGAGCGCGAUGCCAACGAGUCGACGUCAGUGGUCGACGGCGGGCUCAAAUUUGCGAAAAACCUCGGCCUCGGCUUGACGGGCAUUAUCACCAAGCCGGUCGAAGGCGCGAUGACGGGCGGUGUCACGGGCUUCAUGCAAGGCGCGGUGCAGGGCCUCGCGGGUGCGCCCGUCGUCUUGCUCAAGACGGUCACGUCGACGGCGCACACACUGGCGACGGAAGCCUCCGAGACGCUCGAGGAUGUGGUGCCGUUCCAAGGUCGCCGCCGCAAGGAGCGCCAGUUUGUCGACAAGGUGCUCGUUGUUCCCUCGAAGCAGCAGCCCUCGAUGCUACACGUGGAGAUUCUCAGUGCGAGCGGCCUCGUCGCGUCCUCGGGGCAGUGCAACCCGAUCUGCUACGUGCUUUUGAACGACAAGGUGGUGUUUCAGACCAAGUGCCUCUUUGGCACGGCCAACCCCGAGUGGCGCGCGGCCAAGAACAUUGAGCUCAAGUCGGACGCGAAUACGAACGUGACGUUCAAGGUCCGCGACUCAUUCACGGGCUUUGAGAGCAUAAUUGGGCAGGUUCGUAUGCCGCUCAACCAGCUCCAGCUCGACUUUGACCAAGAGACGGGCAGCUCGCCGCUGAGCAAGUGGGUCAACUCUGGUGUGGCCGACCUCGGCGCCAUGUCGGUCGACCUGCCGCGCAUUGAAAAAGAGUACAUGCUAUGGGGCAAGCCCAAGAAGACGCGCGACGGCAAGCCACCGUCGCUCCAAGUGCUCGUGACGGUCCUCGACCUUGUCAACUAUGUCCCGCCCAAGACGAUGUUUGGCUCGACGCCCAACCUCGCGCCGUACAUUGGCGUCGAGCUCGGCGGCAAGAGCCAGAAGACGACGGCGCUCAAGGCGGCCUCGGCCACGAUGAGCUGGAAGGAGACGCUGACGUUUGACUGGAAGGCGCCCGAGAAGCACAAGCAGAUUUCGUUUACGCUCUUUGACAAGAGCAUGCUCGUGGACGAGACCCUCGGCAACGUGCUGCUUCCGCUGCGCCUCUCCGAGCCGCGCGUCGAUACGCUCUUGGACAUUCGCGUCAACGGCGUCGUGAACGGCCAGCUGCACGUCAAGACGGAGAUCCUCGGCUUGCCGGACGACGACGACGCCGAGCCGAGCCCAAUUGAAGGCGGCGCGACGAGCAAGACGGCCGGGAAGCUCAAGCUCCACGUGGUCUUUUCGUAA